CGAGAAGACUCUUGACCUCAUCUCACGAGCCAGUACUACAUGUAUACAUCAUGGCUGCCGACCCCAUCACAUCAGCAACGGUCGAUGACCUUCUGAAUUAUGGCACGAGUGACGACGAAGAUCCAUUUGGUGACAAGGCCGGCACUCGCAAUUCACGCGAUGACAAGCCAGCCUUGAGCCCGAGCCAGAACAAACGCAAAUCUGGUGAAAACGACGGUCUAGGUCUCGAUGAGGAAGUUCAGAUCAAAAAGAAGAGAAAGCCAAUCGCAAAGCUUGAUGAAGAAAGACUCCUUUCUGCACCAGGAAUUCCCAAACUCCGCGAACUGGUCCGCUCUGGCAAGAUCGCCAAAAGAUUGAAGUUUAAAGGAAAAGGCCAUGAAUUUUCAGAUGUUGCCCGACUGCUCAAUUACUACCAGCUCUGGCUCGACAACUUGUACCCCCGAGCAAAAUUUGCCGAUGGGCUGCAACUAAUCGAAAAGGUUGGCCAUUCCCGGCGGAUGCAAGUCAUGCGAAGGGAAUGGAUAGAUGAGGGUAAACCGGGCUAUGUACGGGAUAAAUUGAUGGGUGGUAUCGACCACGAAGCGCAAGACUUGUACGCCGGCGACGAUAACACAACAGCUUCCAAAAACGGCCUGACAUCCAAAGACAAGUCAAACAUAGACUCUGCAAACGACUCGUUGUUCAUUGCCGACUCGAGCAGGGAUCCAUCAGCCCCGGAUGGAGGUGAUCUCCCUGAAGACGACGAACUCGAUGCUCUCCUUGCCGAAGCAGGAACAUAUACAGCACCACCAAAGCCGCGCUCACCACCCAGGCGUGCUAAUCUUGAUUCCGAAUCCGAAGGAGAGGACGAUCUCGAUGCAUUACUCGCCGAGCAAGAGACUCGUCGCCCCGCAACAACCACUUCCGCUCCUCACACCAACCAGUCAGCCACUGCUACAACUUCGUUCGAUAAUUCUGAGGACGAUGAUCUCGACGCAUUAUUGGCAGAGCAUGAGGCCGAGAGUCGCACUACUCAUCCUCCCGUAUCGACUGCAGCGAAUACUUCCAGACAACAGGGCACGUCUCAGCAUCAGCCAUCACAGCCAAAGCCCCAUACACGCAUUUUCGAAGACAGCGAUGAUGAUGAAGACAAUGAUAUGGAUGACCUCGAUGCUUUAUUAGCUGAGCAAGAGGCACGACAAAAACCGAGCGUCCCAACUCAGUCGUCAAUCCCUGUUGUUGCAGCGCCUCUCGUGGAUGAUGGAGCCGAAAACAUUUUCUCAUCUUCUCCGCCGCAAAAGAGUCUUUCUCAGCAAAUGAGCGUAUAAGAUUAGCUAUAGAUCACUGGCGUUGCAACCCAUUGCAGCUUUUCUCGCUCGCUGAUGUGGCAGAGUGACUAAGUAGCCGUUUGAAGCUGUGUGUUUUUGGCAGCUGACACUAG